AUGGCAGACGCAGUAGUCCAACUUCGGUGUGGUGUCAAAAACGACGACUGGGGAAAAAAAGGAAAAGAUUCCAUUGUAGCUCAGCUAUGGUCAAAAACCCCAAACAAUGCAGCGAUUGACGACUCUAAGCAUUAUUCAGAAAUGUGGAUGGGCAUGUACCCUUCAAACCCAUCCUAUCUGCUUUAUACAGGAGAGCACCUGGGGGAGUACCUGAAGAAACACCCCGAGCUAGUGGGCAAGUCUGUCCAUGACCGCUGGGGUCCGGAGAUCCCAUUUCUGCCCAAGAUUCUAUCUUUCAGCAAAGCCCUGCCCCUACAAAUCCACCCCGACCUGAAGCUCGCCGCCCAACUGCACAAAGAACACCCCGAAAAGUAUGGCGACACAAUGCACAAGCCGGAGAUUGCAAUCGCACUCUCGAAAUUCGAGCUGUUCGCCGGCUGGAAGCCCCUGAAAGACAUACAAGCCCUAUUCGAGUUGAACCACCUGGCAAAGUACAUCCCCAAAACAGGACAAUUCAACGAUGAGACCCUACGCCAAGUAUGCAAGUCUCUACUCAGUGCACCGCCGAAAGAAGUCGCACAGACAAUGAAAGACCUGCAAGCCAUACCAGAAUCCCACUUUGGAGUACACACCUACAUCCCCAGCCUACUCGGCCGUCUAGCAAAGCAAUACGGCGAAGGAGAUAACGGUAAUCUAGUCGCCGCCCUUCUGAUGAACUACUUGACUCUGGGCCCGGGAGACUCCGUCUUCGUUCCCGCAGAUAGCAUUCACGCCUACUUGGAAGGUGAUAUCGUGGAAUGCAUGGCGCGGUCGGACAACGUCAUCAACACAGGGUUCUGUCCGGCUGCAGAUCGCGACAGUAUUGAGUUAUUUGGGCAGGCUUUGAGCUUUGUACCUCAUAACGCAAAGAAUGCGCUGCUGCCACGCAGAAAGAGUGACAAGGAGAUGAAUGGUAAGACAGAUGUCUAUGCGCCGCCUAUCAGCGAAUUUUCUGUGCUGUGUACUACUCUUGGCGCUGGGGAGAACGAGACGCACAAGGCCAUUCUUGGGCCGAGUCUGAUGAUUGUUACAAAAGGUUGUGGUCAGAUGAAAUUCCCUGAUAACCAGACCGCUGAGCUAAAGGAGGGAUAUGUUUUCUUUGUGGGGCAGGGUGUUGCGCUGGAUUUCGUGACUGACAAGGGCAUGGCUGUUUAUCGGGCGUAUGCGGAGUAA